GUUAAUUUGGCCAAUCAGGAUGUCUUUUUCCUUGUCUAGAGAGAAUUACGCUUUUGAAGAUUCUUGUAGGAAAUCUACAAGAACUUCAUCAUGUUCCCGCAGAGACAGCUGGAAUGGUGAAACUCGAUCAUCUUCUCACUGUGAUGUUGAUAUGUCAAAGCCUUUCUUUAAUCCAGCUGGUUUAAACUGGUUUGUAACUGGUCUAUUCGUGGUUGGAGAUCUUGCUGGUGGAGGUAUUGUUGCAUUGCCAACUGCCAUUAUUCAAGCAGAAUUCUGGACCGGUCUGAUAGUAUGUGUCAUUCUCAUUGGAGUUGUCACCUAUACUGCUUACGUUCUUGGGCUCAGUUGGAAUAUUCUGUUGAGCACAUGGCCAGAAUAUAGACAUCAUUGCAGAAAACCGUAUCCAGAAAUUGGUGGAAGAGCUAUGGGAAAGACUUGCCAACUUCUUGUUUCAAUUUGCAUUGAUGUAACACAAUUUAUGAUCUCCGUUGUCUACCUCCUUUUGGCUUCGAAAAACAUUAUGAACAUGAUCAUUGCAUUCUCCGGCACUCACAUAUCUUUCUGCAUUCUGAUUCUCAUUGUUGCAACAUGUCUUCUGCCACUUUGUUUCCUCAAAUCGCCUCAAGAUUUCUGGUGGGCUGUUGUUAUUGCCAUGAUGACAACAUCUGCAGCUGUUAUUCUAAUUAUUGUUGGAUCAAUCAUCGACUAUGGAAAGUGUGCUCCAUUCGCGAAACUUCCACCAUUCAGAACCACCAACCUGUUUCUUUCAAUGGGAACUCUACUUUUCUCCGUUGGUGGGCAUUCCGCUUUUCCAACAAUUCAACAUGAUAUGAAACAACCAAAAGAGUUCACGAGAUCCGUUUUUCUUGCUUUCACAAUCAUGGCGUUUAUGUACAUUCCAGUCUGUAUUAUGGGAUACUUGGUAUAUGGUGACUCGCUUCGCGAUUCAAUUAUUCCAUCAAUUCAAACUGUCUGGAUUCAACAGGCCAUUAAUAUUAUGAUCACAGUCCAUUGUAUUCUAACUCUCACAAUUGUCUUCAAUCCUCUGAUGCAAGAAGUUGAAGAGUUGUUCCAUGUCCCACAGAGAUUUGGACCAAAGCGAGCUAUUGUUCGUACUGGUAUAAUGGUUGCCGUUGUCUUUGUUGCCGAAUCAGUUCCAACAUUUGGACCACUUCUUGACUUGGUUGGAGGAUCAACAUUGACACUCACUUCAGUUAUUAUGCCAUGCUUAUUUUAUAUUUAUUUGAAUGCUUAUAAAAGAAAAGAAGAGAUUACUGGAAAACCAGGAAAUGGGCCAGUUGGAUGGAGAGAUGUUAUCACUUUUAACCAGAAACCAACGCUUUGUAUUUGCAUUAUUAUUAUGAUAAUUGGUCUUAUUGGAGGAGGAUGCGCGACAUUUUCAGCCAUCGUUGAAUUAACAACCACGCAGUUUAAUAUGCCAUGCUAUGUUUCUGUAUUCCAACACAAGCCGGCUGACAACGGAACAGCUUCUCAAACGAAUUGCUGUGGUACAUACCAGAAUGUUUCUAUAUUUAGUGAUGGAAAAUGUAGUGACCCCCAAUUGCAUUUCUAUAGCUAAAAUUGAUUUUUCUCUUUGUGGCUUUAAUUUUUCCAUUCGAUCUUUAACUUCUCUCCAGAAGAAGCUGUGCAAUUGUUUUCUAUUAUUUUUCAUUUUCUCUGUACAAAUUUUGGAUUAAUUUGUAUUCCUUUCCGUUCACAUGUAUAGAUAAAAAACACGUUUCUAACCAGUUGACCCCCAGUGAAAAAAUGCGGUUAAAAAGGGUUUGUUGUUUCAAUGAUUACAAAUAAAUUUCUAAAUUUU